UGACAACGUUCAAAGUUUUAAGCAAAGGGAGAUAUUUGCUUUUAAAGAAAUCCAUUUCUAAGGACUACAGCAAACGGCCGGUAGGGACUACACGACAUUCCUUCAGGGUUGCUGACGUCACUAAGCCCAAUAUUUACAUAAACCCCUCCUCCGAGAAUAAUAGAUUAGGUGGGGGGCGAGGCCAUUUUAUAUUGCUGUGGAGAUUGAGAAGAGUUGUUGUAUGCUGGAGUAUUUUUGCCGCGAUGCCGACGAAACGCUGUUAUUUUCAUCCGGAUUGCAGGUCCACUUUGUUCAGCCUUCCUAGGGACGGGGAAGUUAGGGAUCAAUGGUUAAAAUUUAUUUUUAACUCGGUCCCUCAAAAUUAUUACCCAAAUCUCGCUCUCUGUGCUGCACAUUUUACGGAGGAAAGCUUCCACAAUCUUCGCGAGUUCAAUGCAGGAUUCGCCCAACGGCUUGUCCUGAAAGAUGGAGCAGUUCCAACUUUAAAAACACAAGCUGUUUACGGGCCACAAGCUACAACAUCUCAGCAGGGUGCGAGUUCCCAAGAGCUCCCCACUACAUCUACACUUCAUGAAGUUGGAUGUCAGUCAGACCCUAUAGAGACCGAAACUGUAGCCACAGAGAUAAAGCCGAAGAUGCGAUCAGUGGGCACACAACUUUCAAUGGGUACAUUGAGCAGUUUCCACUUAAGGAGCAAAGGCAUUCAGGCAACAUAUUAUGGUCAUGAUGUGGGCACCCAAACAACUGACAUGUUUCCUGAUGUGCAGCUGUCUUCAACACCAGUAAGGGGCUCAGUCUUCAGGCCCAGUAAGAGACCUCGUCUGGUGUUAGAUGAGGAAGAAGAAUCAGAAUUAAAUGUCGAACCCACUGAUUCCACAUAUAACCCAGAUUCUGUUGUCACUGAAGAAUCAGAAUUGGCGAUAGAUCCACAGCCCGACCACAGCGAUAACAAAUACAUUGUUUUUGAAAGCUGUCUUCGAGAGCUGUUUGUGUCCUGUCCAAUUUGUAAGACAAAGUGUGUUGUCCAGAGCAGACGAAGGAGGACUUUUGUUGCAUUCACCCAGCUUUGUGAAAAGUGUAACUACUACAGACAGUGGCAGAGCCAGCCCAUUGUUGGGAGUACCCCACUUGGAAACCUGCUAUUGUCUGCUGCAACGUAUUUUACCGGUGGAUCUUUUAAACAACUAGAGAAGAUUUUCAAAGCCAUGAAGCUCCAGAUGAUGCAUUUCGUAACUUUUAGGAUUCAUGCCAGGAAUUUCAUUGAGCCUACCAUAAUACACCAGUGGAACCAAGAUCAACUGAAUCUUAUAAGACAGCUGCAAGAGGGAGGAAAUGUUGCUGUGGCUGGAGAUAUGCGUGCUGACACGCCAGGACACUCAGCAAAAUUUGGUAGCUACACCAUUAUGCACAUGGAAACCAACAAAAUUCUGGAUCUUCAACUAGUUCAGAGCAAUGAGGUUGGUGGAAGUUAUCAUAUGGAAAAGGAGGGAUUGAAGCGUUGUCUCGAUAAGCUGGAGUCUCAUGGUUUAGCUGUUGACUACAUCGUCACCGACCGCCAUCCGCAGAUUCAGAAGUACCUGAGGGACCGCAAUAUCACUCAGUUCUAUGACGUGUGGCACUUUGAGAAAGUCCAAAAAAGGGGAAUGCACAGCAAAGCCAGUGAAAAUAGAACCAACAUACAACUAUGUCGAUGACCUUAUGAGCCUUCUGUUACAUAAAGUCUUUGUGGACCCCAAGCCAUAUGCGGAAGAGCUGCAUGCAAUCCCCAUUCCACCUCCUCUGUCAUCACAGUAUGAAAAACCUUCCAAAGAAGAGGUGAUUGCCCAGCGUGUGUCACGAUUCAGUCGAGGGGUGGCCGGACCCCAACAUACUGUCCCGCUGGAUCAGGAAACUGUAGGCGGAUCCGGUUAACAACACAUGAGGGGAUGACAACCCUCACACUACGUCCUAGGUAGCCCCAGCACCAGCUGACAAAGCUGCGAUAGGCCAGAUAACGGAAGCGCCUAUGGCAGGAACAGAAAACGUCAAUAUUAAAACCAGUGGUAUAUUGGAAACAUGUAUAUGUGAUGUGAAAAUAUGUUUGAUAAAAAUU